AGUUAUUGCAGUUCGUGGUUGCGCGAUCGCGAAGACGGUCGGGGAUUUUCGUCGUCACUUUGCUUACGGUCUUCAUUCGCGAAUAAGAAGAAGAAGAAGAAGAAGAAGAAGAAGAAGAAAAAAAAGAAUACAAGAAAAGAAAAAAACGAUAUAUAUAAAUUAAAGAAAUAGGUUAGAGAAUAAAGUGGAAAGAGAAGGUGUAAAGGGUUAAGACGAAGACAGUACGAUUAUAGGGAGGAGGUGUGUUUAACGGGAGUCAAUAGUGUAAUAAAAGGGCGGAGAUUACGCAUUAAGACAUCUUUAAAAUGUUCUCCGGCUUGACUAACCAAGUUUCUACUUGGAUGGGAAAGAAAGCUGACGAAGUUCCAGAACUUCCACAGGAGGAAAAGGUUCCUCCCGUCGAAGGUGAACUCGUCGAGGGCGAGAAAAAAGACAGUCCCACAAAAGGAGGUAGCAAGUUCGAUAUGCUCGUUGGUGUUAAAUCUCAAAUGACUGGCUGGCUCAGCAGUGGUAUUCCUGGAUUAAGUCGUGGUGGACCAAAUGAUGGUAAUUCUCAAGUACCACCAACGGAAACAAAUGAAAUUGAAAAUGUUCAAGAUCCCCAGGAGAUCACGACAGAACAAACUAAGGACGACGAUGCUAGCAGUGUCGACAAAAGCACUGGCAGGUGCGAAAAGUCUUGGAGGAUUUUUGUACAGCGCUGUUAACAAAGCUGGCAAAACAGUCGUCGAAGCCAGUGUGAAAAUCAAGAAAACGGUGGAAGAAAACAGACUGAUUGCUGAACUCAAUAAAGAACAAGAAGCUUUCAUCGCGAGUAAACAAAAUGGAAAAGGUGAAGCAGUUGCACCAUGGGUUGGGGCACCAAACGAGGACGUAUUACGUGAAGAAUGUUUGUCACUAUCUACGGAACGUCGUAAUUUCACGAGAGCACCACCACCCGACGUUGAAUUCGCUUGGGAUUUCGAAGCCAUUCAGCCUGUAGCAAGAGCCACCCUUGCUCUGGAUCCUAACCUCGAAAAAAUGAGAUACGAAUUGGUCCCGAAAGUCGUAUCGGAGGACGAAUUUUGGCGUAAUUAUUUCUACCGGGUGUCGUUAUUACGACAAAGCCAUGAACUUAACGCGAUGGCUAAUCAACAACAAAGCGAAAACCCUAAUCAAAAUCUCAGCACUACCGAUAGCAUCGAUCAUACUCAAGUUCAAGUGACCGCUGGCCAAGAAACGAGGAACAACGUGACGACAGGAAAUAACAACACCUUGGCCGAUUCACCAGGUCACGAAUUCGUUUCCGAUAGUAUGAGGGUCACGGAUACGGACCUUGAGGAAGUACGAGAGGGCAUGAAAAAAUUGGGAAUGCAACCAUCGAAAGAAGAAGAUUGGGAACGUGAAUUGGAAGCCGAGCUGAAGGAUUACGAAUUUGUCUCGAGUGGCCAGGAUAAGAACAACGCCUUGAUAAACGACGUUAUCGGUGAUAAGGAGGACUGGGUAAAGCAGAUCGACGAGAUACUCAACGACGACGAGAAGACUUUCUCUGUUACUGGUUGAAAUCCUCAUGAUGAUGAUGAUGUUGAUGAUGAUGAU